AUGGCCUCCCUCCCCCCUGUCUAUAUUGUGUCCUAUGCUCGUACGCCGGUGGGUUCAUUCUUGGGAUCUCUCUCAAGCCAAACUGCCCCGCAGCUGGGUUCGCAUGCGAUCAAAGCUGCCCUUGAAAGGGCCAAUGGGGUAAAGUCCUCUGACGUCCAGGAGGUUUUCUUCGGAAACGUUCUCUCGGCGAAUGUUGGCCAGAACCCUGCCAGACAAUGCGCUCUCGGUGCCGGUCUCGAGGCCUCGACAGUGUGCACCACUGUGAACAAGGUUUGCGCUUCAGGCCUAAAGGCCAUCAUUAUCGGAGCGCAAACCAUUAUGACCGGAAAUGCGGAUAUCGUUGUGGCCGGUGGAGCUGAGUCUAUGUCGAACACUCCUCAUUACCUUCCCAGCCUUCGAACCGGUGCUAAAUACGGCAACCAGACCAUGGUUGACGGUAUCGUGAAGGACGGAUUAACGGAUGUGGGCAAGCAAGAACUCAUGGGAUUGCAAGCAGAGGAAUGUGCCCAGGAUCAUGACUUCAACAGGCAGCAGCAGGAUAAUUACGCCAUUAGAUCGUACGAAAAAGCCCAGGCUGCUCAGAAGGCUGGCCUUCUUGACGAUGAGAUCGCACCCAUUGAGCUCCCUGGUUUCAGAGGCAAGCCAGGAGUUACAGUAUCUCAGGAUGACGAACCAAAGAACCUCAACCCUGAUAAGCUGCGCGCUAUCAAGCCCGCAUUUAUUCCUGCAAAUGGAACAGUGACGGCCCCCAACUCAUCCCCUCUUAACGAUGGCGCUGCCGCAGUUGUCUUGGUCUCCGAGGCCAAAUUGAAGGAGCUUAACUUGAAGCCAGUUGCAAAGAUUCUCGGUUGGGGUGAUGCGGCACAACAGCCCAGCAAGUUCACAACCGCCCCAGCCCUUGCAAUUCCCAAGGCUCUUCAGCAUGCUGGUGUGUCCCAGGAUGCGGUUGAUGCAUUCGAGAUCAACGAAGCGUUCAGCGUGGUUGCCCUCGCAAACCUGAAAUUGCUUGGCCUCUCUGAAGAGAAGGUCAACAUCCAUGGAGGAGCCGUGGCCAUUGGCCACCCCCUUGGGGCGAGUGGUGCCCGUAUUCUUACAACCUUGCUCGGGGUUCUAAAGGCUAAAAAGGGCAAGGUCGGCUGUGUAGGUAUUUGCAACGGUGGCGGCGGUGCUAGUGCUCUGGUUGUCGAGUAUCUCGCUUAA